ACAACCAAAAAGACCAACGCUUUCAGGCUUUUUCUGAAAAAAAAGGACCCUAAAAAAGAAGAGAUACGGAAAGAGAUAGACUUUUGCUUCUACAGUUCGGAGUCGCGCGUCAAAAAUGGCGGUUUUGGAGGAUUCGCUGGUGAGCUCCAAGCUCUCUCCGCCGAAUACAUACGGAGCCGUCGUUAUCGGCGGCACUUUCGACCGAUUACACAACGGUCAUCGCCUGUUUCUCAAGGCGGCGGCGGAGCUGGCAAGGGAUCGGAUUGUGGUCGGAAUUUGCGACGGACCCAUGUUGGCUAACAAGCAGUUUGCUGAUUUGAUACAACCCAUUGAGGAAAGGAGCAAUAGUGUUGAGAAUUACAUCAAGUCUAUCAAGCAGGGGCUGGUAGUGCAAGUUGAACCUAUUACGGACCCCUAUGGUCCCUCAAUAGUCGAUGAGAAUUUAGAGGCAAUUGUUGUCAGCAAGGAGACUUUACCGGGUGGACUGUCUGUUAAUAAGAAGAGAGUUGACCGAGGUCUCUCACAGCUUAAGAUUGAAGUUGUAGAUCUAGUGUCUGAAGGAUCUCGUGGAGAUAAGCUUAGUUCAACAUCAUUAAGGGAGCUUGAGGCGGAGAAGGCCAAGAACCAACCACUAUCAUAAGUUCUUAUUUACCAAAAAGUGUACGUGAAGCUAUGCAAGUGUAAUCUGUCCCGUUCGAAGACUUGAGGGCGGAAAAAUUGUAUGAAAAUAAGAUGUAGAAGAGUGUAUCUGUGCCGAAAACAAUCAAACUGGAGAUCGUGCAGUAAUCCAUAAGUCAAUUGAGCUGUUCGUUGCAGAGCGAAAGAAGAUGAGUAAAAUGGUAACGUCCUUCAAUUUCGGCUCAUCAACGCAUGUGGAUCACUUCGGGACAUUCCCCCAACAUAUACUCUUCAAAGUUAGACUGUUUCUUAUGUAAAAGUUCUGCAAAUGCAGAAUGUGUUGUUUGAUUUACUGCUGGUGUUUUGUCAAUAGGAACAUAUCUGAGGUUUUAACUGAGUCCUCAGUGCAGUAAAUGUCAAUAAAAUGUCUGCUUUUUUUUUUAGGUCUCCGUAAAAGUUUCAGAACUCAAUGUCCAUAUCCAUAUGUUUUCCCAUGACACGGGAAGAGCAUAAACAAAGGAUCCAAGGCCAGGGGUUUUGUAAUGUGCUUACCAAACAAGGUAAUGCGUUUAAUAUCGUUUGCUAUGUAAGACCCUGAUUUUUUUAUUAUUUAUAAUUAGAUAUUUAUAGAGUGA